GUUAAUAAAUAAUAUAAAAAGCGCCUCUCCUUUGUGGGGUCAAUAGGAUCCGCAAUUCCCCACUUCUCCCAUUUCUACAAACCCUAAACUUUCUCUUCCUCACCCUCAAAAUCAUCUCAUUCUUCCCAAACCCUCUAAAACCCAAACCCCAAUGGGCUCCGACAUAGUCCUCCAGUACACCGGCCAAGACCCAAACUCAGCGCCUAUAGCCGCCUCCGCCGCCAAAACCCAAGUCGGGCCGCCGCGCACCAGAGACCGCCACACCAAGGUAAACGGCCGUGGCCGCCGGAUCCGCAUGCCGGCCCUCUGCGCGGCUCGGAUAUUCCAGCUCACGCGCGAGCUGGGUCACCGCUCUGACGGCGAGACCAUCGAGUGGCUACUACGCAUGGCCGAGCCCUCCAUCAUCGCCGCCACGGGAUCGGGGACCAUCCCGGAAGCCGCGUCCACCUCCUCCCCCUCACUCGCGUCCUCUUCUCACUCCGUCUCGUGCCGGAUUCAGCCCGUCUCGGCGGUCAGCGGCGGGCAGGGGAUGUUCGCUGUGGCGCCGCAUCCGCCCAGUUGUCGCCUCGAUUUGUGUCAACCGAUGGGGAUGGAUUACGCGGCGGCGAGUAAUGGGUACCGGCACAUGCCUUUCACAGCGCUGUUGCUGCAGCCGUCCUCGACUGAGGAGGCGGAGGAGAGCCGGCAGGAGGAGUUGCUGAGGGAGCAGUAGAAUGUGCAAUGUAUAUGGGCCGUAGCGUGUCUCUAAUGAUAGAUAUUAUUAUUGUAUGGUUAUGGAAUUGACAUACAGAGAGAAUGAGGGAGGUUUUUAGGAUUAUUUAGUGAUUUUUAGUCUCCUUUCUCUUCAUUUCUCUUUCUCUUUUGUUUAGGGUAAAUGCCAAAUUGUCAAAUGAGACACUUUUGAGAGUUUAAGAUGUAAAUUACAAGGUGGUAAUCAAAUGGAAAAUAUGGAACUUCUCUUCA